UGUUAGUACGAUAUCAUGUCAGAAGACUCAGAAGCAGAAGACCAACAACAGAGUACAGAGACCUUCUCCUUUUCGUCCAUGGCAGAAGAGUCCACCUCCCUUUCGUCCAUUGCAGAAGAAUCCUCCUCUCAUCCUUCAAAGGUAGAAGAGUCCUCUUCCCAUUCUAUGGCAGAAGGAUCCUUCUCCCUUUCGUCCAUGGCAGAAAAAUCCUCGGAAGUCGAUCAUCCAGAUUCUCCUCCUUUUUUGGAGGUUACAUGCAAAAGUACGGGUAAGAUCCGUCGCUUUGCGGCGGGUUCAAAGGCAGGGUUUGCGGUGUCUUUGAUAAACAGGACAUUGGAUAUUGGGAUGUCACUUGCAUUGAAUAUUGAAGCAUUCAGAAAUGGAGAAGAACCCAUAAGUUUCGGCCCUGACGCAGUUCUUGUAAAUUUCGGAAACGGAUGGAAGCUACAAACUGUUAUUGAUUCAGAUUAUGGAGGUGUUAGAAAGGCAGAAGGAGUUCUGCUAAUUCCAAAAUUGUUUCCCACUGUAGCGAAUUCUGGUGGCCCAGAUCAGAUGAAGAAGGGUGGAAGAACAGGAAUCAGUUCUAUGUACAUUGCUAAGAUAUUAUUAGCUUUCAUUUUGAUGUUUGUUCUUGGCGGAAUUUUCACGUUUGGUCUUGAGAAUCUUCCCAGACUGAUUUUGUUAAUCAAUUCAUCCUUCUAGAGAUUGCUUAUGAACUCAUACGCGUAACUUCAAUGAAGAUUUUUCAGAGAGGGAGAGCAUAGCUUUUGGUUUUUAAUUGGGAAGGGAAGGGGGCACCGUUUGUAUUCAUUUUUGGGAUUUGCGUGCUCCCUGGUUAGAAACUCUAGCCUCUAGGGGUCCCAAUGGUUUUUAUGUACGAAUGAAACAAGGAGAAUUGAUGGCGAUGAUGAGGUUUCCUUGUCAAGAGUUGUCUGGUAUUUGGCAUAUAAUCCUAAACAAGGUGUCUUGUUGCACUAUGCAAA